GCUCCUGCGACCUCGGGAAGCAGAGUUCGGAUGAAACAUUAACUCCCAGCUUCGCUGCCGGCUCUCUGGAGGCACGGAGCAGCGGGGAGCCAGCCGGGGGCUGGGGGGCGCUUGGCCGGGGGCCGGAUCCGGGCAGGCGAUGCCCCCUCCGGAGUAGCCGGGACGUCUGGGGCCCGCGGCCUCGUGGAUUGCACGCCGGGAUGGGAGCCCGGGGCCCCCACUAGGCCGUGAGGCGAUGCAGACUGGAUAUGGGGAGCUCUGGGCUCUGUGCUUUGCCGUUGUUACUGCUGGGACUCGCUGCGCUAACUUGCCCCUCCCCGCUGCACCCCAUUUGCGAUGCUCGAGUCAUGGAGAAAUUCAUCAAGGAGGCCAGAGACACUGAGAACGCCAUGGAAGGUUGUACAAAUUCUUGCAACUUAUCAGAAGUUCUCACGGUGCCCGACACGAAGGUUAAUUUUAACGAGUGGAAGAAAAUGGACAGGCAGACGCAGGCGGCGGAGGUGUGGGGGGGGCAGGCCCUACUCUCGGCCGCCGUGCUCCGGGCCCGGGACCUGGUCCCCGACCCGUCCCUGAGCCAGCAGCUGGGCCGCACCUACAGCAACCUGCGCGGCGUCACCCAGAUCCUGCGCAGCCACAACGCCCAGGUGGAGCCGGCCCUGCCCCCGGCCCCGCCCCCCACCCUCGGCAUCCAGACUCUGGCCAAACUCCUCAGCGUCCACUCCAACUUCCUGCGGGGGCGGGUCAAGCUGUUCCUGACGGACGCCUGCCGGCCCGACGCCAGGUGAGGGGCUCCCGCCCAGCCCCGACCACCACAGCACUCCGCCCUCUCCCCCCCCAGAACCUUCCUGGCGGCGGACGAUUGACAGCCACCAAUCAUCCGCCCACCGGACAGCCGACAUGGAGCCUCAGGAAAACCUCACUCAGUGACUGAGAGCUGUCAGUCAUCCCAGAAUCCUGGCUUACAGCAAGGAAGAGGGGGGGUUAAACUUUGAUGGGUGACUGACAGCUGUCAAUCAGCCCCCAAACCAGACUGCCUGGACUGUCGCCAUGACACCAGAGGAGAAUACGAGGAUGAUUGACAGCUGUCCAUCAGCCCUGGCACGGCUCAACGCACCGACCGGAUCCCCCCGACAACCAGCAGGAAACUACAUCAGUGGAACUGACAGCUGCCCGUCUCUGAAGACUAGUAUCCGGGGGUGGGGUGGGCAGGUGAGGAGUCCGUGCACAACCAGCCGCCCCGCCCCAGAGGUGGGCGCAUCUCGGCGCCGGGCGAGGGGUCCCUGUGUGACCUGCCGCCCCGCCCCAGAGGUGGGCGCAUCUCGGCGCUGGGCGAGGGGUCCCUGGGUCACCCGCCGCCCCGCCCCAGAGGUGGCCGCGUCUCUGCGCCGGGCGAGGGGGCCCCAUGUGACCCGACGCCCCGCCCCAGAGGUGGCCGCAUCUCAGCGCCGGGCGAGGGGUCCCCGGGUCACCAGCCGCCCCGCCCCAGAGGUGGCUGCAUCUCGGCGCCAGGCGAGGGGUCCCCGGGUCACCAGCCGCCCCGCCCCAGAGGUGGGCGCAUCUCUGCCGUUGGGGUAGCAUGAGGCGACUUUAUUCCAUGCUCUGAUGCACCCCACAGGCCAUUGAGACCCAUAAACAACCCAUUCCCUGCCCCCCUGAGACAGCCAGUCCCCGCCCUGGGGCCGGGUGGGAGCCGGCGCCCCCCAGAGCGGACAGGCCCCGUGCCCCAUUCCCUGCCCCCUUCAGCCAGCCUGCUGAUGGGGUCACAGCAGCCCCUAGGCUCGGUUAGCAGUGGGGCUGCGAGGGGAGGGCCCCCCACCCCGUUCCCUGCAGCACGGG